AACUGAAGUCAACGAACUGUUGAACUUGGCGGUUCCAAUUUGUGAUAACUAGCUAAAGAACAAAAUGCCUCCCAAAAAGCGCGACAAAGACAACGAAACAAACAAAAAUACUAAAAUAGAUCACCUACAAGCAGACCAUGAGCUAUUUUUGCAAGCAUUCGAAAAGCCUACACAGAUUUAUAGAUUUUUACGAACUCGUAACAUGUUAUCGCCAAUAUUUCUAAAUAGAACGCUAUCGUAUAUGAAAAGAAGGAUGUCUCGCAGUAAUAAAAGUCGUGUAGGUUUUAAAGUAGAUUCAUUGUUAGAAAAAAUUACCCAGAAGAAAAGCACUGACUUACAACCAAACAGCCUUGGGGGUUACAUGACAUUAACUUUCUUAGGAUUUUAUGACAAGAGCUUAGAUGAUUCAAGAGAUUACCAAGUGAAAGUAGAAACGUUAUUGUUAAAGAUCUGUCAUAAGAAAAGGAAAGAAAGUUCAUCAGCCAUUGUUGAAGUUUCAGUUGGCAGUUGUUCUGUGCCUCUCAAUCCUUCAUCUUCCGAGCCCCCUGCAAUGGCAUCCGCAGUCAGCAUAGCGAGUGAUACAUUCAGUCCAUCUCAGGGUCCAAACGUUAAGUCUUAUAUGCUCAUGCUCAGAGUAACGGUAACUAAGUCAACAAGUCACACUAAUGGAACAGCUAAUACCACUGAAAUAACCAAUGGUGAUAGUGAUGAACCACUUACAAAGCGUAUAAAGUCAUCUGAUAUCAAUUCAAGCCCCUCAGAUAAUAAAUGGAGCAAGCUCUAUGGAAGUGAAUUGAUUGUCUAUGAUAAACACAACAGAUGCCUUCUUACAAAUGGAGAAUAUGAUUUGGUUUUGCAUGAUGCAACUCCUGGAGGCAGGAGUGCUACAAUAGCUAGAUCACCCCAUAAGGCUUUAAUGGCCCAGUGGGAAACAAUACCUAACGAAAAUGAAUUGCACUCAGAGACUAACCCAUUUGACAUAUUCAAAGUUCGACCACUCUUAAAACUCAAAUUAAGUUGGAGCCAAGAACCAACGAAUGGACUUGUGAAUAGACCAAAAUUAUACCAAGCUAAUGAGACUAAUGGAAUUAAAAAGGAAUCCAAUGCAAGCAAAGAUAGAAUAUCUACAAGUAAAUGUGGUGCUAGUGACAAUAAGACAAAUGAUAAAGUGAAAUUGGAAACAAGUGAAGGCGAAACAAAGAGGCAACAGAUCAUCUACCAGUUCCUAUAUAACAACAAUUCAAGACAACAGACCGAGGCGUGUGACGAUUUACAUUGUCCCUGGUGCUCACUGGAUUGUGGGACUCUGUAUUCGUUGUUGAAACACCUGAAAUUGUGCCAUUCAAGAUUCAACUUUACAUACUUUCCAAUCCCCGGCGGCGCGCGAAUAGACGUAUCAAUAAACGAGCUCUACGACGGUUCCUACACGGGCUCCCCUCACGAUCUCAUCGCGUCCCAGGGCCGUUCGUCCGCGAGCGGGCCCCGCGCGGGCCCCACGCGCCGUGCCUCGCUCACACACCUGCUCAUCUGGAGGCCCCGAGCGAGGAGACGCCAGACCAGACACAGCCUCGCUGAGUUCUUGGAGCUGGAUGACAAUGACUUGCUGGACGCGCAGCGGCCGUAUAUCACGGGGCAUAAUCGCCUAUAUCACCACACGAUAACAUGCCUGCCCGUGUACCCUAACGAGCUAGACAUAGACUCGGAAAGCGAAACGGAUCCACUAUGGCUCCAGCAGAAGACCAUGAUGAUGAUAGACGAGUUCACGGACGUCAACGAGGGCGAGAAAGAGCUCAUGAAGAUGUGGAACUUGCAUGUCAUGAAAUACAAUUACGUGGGCGACUGUCAGAUACCGCUCGCCUGCCAAAUGUUCCUACAAAUGAAGGGGAAGGAGCUCCUCGAAAAGAACCUGUACAGAAAUUUCAUACUCCACAUGUGUUCAUUGCACGACUUCGGGCUGAUUAGCUCGGUGGCGUUGUACCAGACAGUUCAAAUGCUCAACCAAAUGCUCGCCGACAACGCGGAAGCCAAAGAGAAGAUGAGGGAGUCGUUGAAAGCGCAACGAGAGCACUGGAACGCGGUGGGGAAGUAUCAACAACCGGUGAUCAUUGAGCAGAAACCCCAAACCAACUCUGCCAAGUUGAACGUCGACGCUUCACCUUCAGUACGAAGAAAAACUUCGAACCUGCAGAAUGCCAACAGGAUGGCCAGCACCAGUUCCAACUUCAAGUCGGCCAGUCCGGCUCCCAACGGAGAGAGCAAACGGAAAAUGUCCUCCGGAAGCAUCCAGAGCAGGAAACGAUCGUCGAUAUCGGAGAGGAAAAGUUCCGUAUAGCGAUAGCUCAGCCUUUGAUCAAAGGACUGGCCCUCUUGAGGCUUUAGUGCAUCUUCAUACGAUAAUUUAUUUCCAGUGAUCUGUUUGUGAUUAAAAAAUGUUCAUUGACACGGCGAAAUUAUAGAUGCUUUUUAUUGCCCGAUUGUGUUAUAUUUAAGGAGUCCAUUAAAUGGAUGGCAAUAGUUAAGUUUGCUAAAUUAUACGUAUUUUCUUAUCUUUUCUCUUGAUCGUGGAUCUCUCGCUCCUUAUUUCAUUUGAUACCUUGAAGCAAUAAUUAUAUUGUAUUUUUAUUUCACUUCGUCAGCGAUGCAUGGCUGUAAAUAAAGUUAACAAGAAGGCAUUUUUAAAUCCAUGGAAAUUUAUCCGCUCAAGUGAAAUACAAUUACAGAUCCAGAUUCAAUAGACUGAUCGAAGACUUGCAUGAGAUAUUUUUAAUGUAUUUAGUUCUCAAUUAGAGUCAAUUUUACAGAAAUAGAUUAAGGCAAAGAAAUGUUUGAAAUUAGUUGAAGUUCUUAGGAAAAUGGAGUAGAUAAUUUUGUGCGGUCGUAAAAAGUUUGAAUAUUGUAAAUGUAUGUCAGUGUUUAGGUGAAUUGAUUGUGAUGCAGUUGCGUAGCUAUAUAUAGGUCUACCAACGUUUUAGUGCAGUGACUAAAAUUAUAUGUAAAUUUUUUGAGUAUGUAUGCUGAAUAAUGUUAAUGGCCUGAUGGAUGGAGCUUGUGUAGUGUUCUUAAACUCGCUUAAACUAUGUGUCAUGUUGGGUUAUUGAAAAUUAUGAAAAAUAUAAAAAUAACGCCAAUUUGCGUUAAAUUAUGUAUUGGAUAAAAACUGAAAUUCUAUGAAAUAGAAUAUUGAUAUACCAAAUUUAAAUUUAUUAUUAUUGACGCAGAGUGUGUCUUUUUGUUGAUAUCACUAUCGAUUUUUAAUUAAUUUUUGUCGAUUUUAUGUAUUUUGAAGGGAAUUUAUUACAUUUCAGUUAACCGCCGAAUAUUUAUAAAUACAAACAAGGGAUUUCUCCAUAGAAUUUUUCCAUAGAUAUAAAAUGUAAAUAACUGUAGUAUUAUAAUGAAAUGAUACAAGUUAAUCUUGCCGAUAAUCUUAUACUUAUUUAGAUAAUGAUUUAUAUAUUAUAUUAUAAUGUACUUUUAUAUAUAUACUUAGCUAUAGCUACGCACCUGUUGUGGUUGAUAGUAAACAGUGCUCGAAAUAAGAAACUAAACGUAUUGAGAAUUCUAUCCUUAUAAGUAGAAGUUAUGAAUUAUGCGUUGAUAUAGUAUGUGAGCGUGAUUAAGUAAAUUUGAUCUUAUUCCGUUGAAUUUUUUAAUCGAUUAUUUUCGCCCACGUGGUUGUUACAGACAGGCAACAAGCUGGUUUUGAAGUCAUUAGGUUAAUACUAUAUCAAUGAAUUCGAAAUAAAAAGAACAAAGUAUUUGUGAAGGAAUAGAUGCGUAAAUUUAUGAAAAUUGUUAUUAAUGAGCUAAAAUAGACGAUGACGACUCUAUAAUUUCACCUAAACUAUAUUUAAACAUUAAAGUUAUAUUUGUAGAGUUCAAACUUAUGUGAAUGUUCAAACAAUAGUAUUAAAAUUGAGAUGCAAUUUGUCGUUGAAACCAUUAUAUUAUAAAAUCAAUCUUUGUUAUUUACAUUCAUUUAUAUUUAUAAGUCAUAGUCUAUUUUCAGCUUAGAAUUUCCAGAAGUAAGUCCCCAAGUCAUAACCACAUUACGACAAGACUGCAAUAUUCAUUGCCUUACAAUUCUCAAAGAUUCUGAUAUUAGCAUAAGGUUUAAUGAUAACAGUUUACACUUUUACCCACAUGAAGCGAACAUAGGAUUUGUAUCCUAAGUAUUGAUUAUUUUUUUUCCAUCAAUUUUGUUAUUUUUUGUAUUGUUCCAUUAUAAGUAAUGUUCGAUAAUGAUUUGUACUUAUAAAUGAAAUAUUAAAUGAUUAUUUUGAACAAA